UGGGUUUUCUUGACCAAAAAUGGCUGGAUCAUUCGUCCUCAACACAGGCGCAGGCAUCCCAUCGGUUGGCCUCGGAACAUGGCGGAUAGAACCUGAGGCCGUCGGCGACACCAUCUACGCCGCUGUCAAGGCUGGAUAUCGGCAUAUUGAUUGUGCUCCAGCAUACAGCAAUGAGAAAGAGGUCGGCUUGGCUUUGAAGAAAUUAUUUGAGGAUGGCGUGGCUAAGCGUGAAGAAUUGUUUAUCACCUCUAAGCUAUGGUCUGGUAAUCAUGCACCGGAAGAUGUGCCAGAGGCAAUUGACACUACGCUGAAAGAUUUGCAGCUUGACUACUUAGAUUUGUUCCUCAUCCAUGGUCCAAUCCGUAUCAAGAAAGGAACCACGCACAGCCCUGAAAAUUUGAUCCCAACUGACAUCCCUGCUACAUGGGGAGCGAUGGAGAAGCUAUACGACUCCGGCAAAGCUCGAGCAAUCGGCGUGAGUAACUUUACUUGCAAGAAGAUGGAGGACUUGCUCGCCGUUGCACGCGUGCCUCCAGCAGUCAACCAGGUUGAGUGCCACCUGAUCUGGCAGCAAGACAAGCUCCGGAAACUAUGCCAGUCAAGGGGUGUUCAUCUUUCUGCACAUUCACCAUUAGGUGAGGCUAGUGUCCUUAGCAACCCUAUUGUCGUGGCUGUUGCCGAGAAGCUGCAGAAAACGCCUGCGCAGGUCGCCUUACGCUGGGGUCUUCAGAUGGGUCAGAGUGUACUACCAAGAAGCGGCAACGGAGGAAGGAUCAAGGAGAACUUUGACAUAUUUGAUUGGUCCAUUCCUCAAGAUCUGAUGGCGAAAUUCUCCGACAUCAAACAGGUAAGGCUGGUGAAAGCGGAAUUUGCAGUUCACCCACUGAGCGGUUACAGAACAUUGGAGGACUUUUGGGAUGGCGAAAUCUGAAGCAUGUGAACUUCUCCAGAGUGCACGAACUAAACGAGAGCUAGCGAAGAUACCGCGUACCCGCAGUAUGUCCAUGUGUAUGAAAUAAAAGUUGUUUGUCGUGGAGAUAUUUUCCUUUCUUUCUUAAAUACCUGAUGAUGUACUAACUUGUGCUGCGUGUGAGAAAAUUCCGAGAAGACUUGUUCUGAAGUUGGUUCAUCUGGAGUAUAUAUUGUGCUUUGUGUUCCUCAAAGAAGUCUGGUUUUGACUUCCGGGUGCCUAAUGCUACUAUAACAUGCACCUUUUUUUUUCUUUUUUCAAAAAGGAGGAUUACCCCGUCUUCUGCAUAAGGUACCUUUAGUUUCUCAUUAUAGUAGCAGAGAUCCUUCAACAGCUCAUAACAAAAAAUGGGCGCGGGGGAGGUGGGUGGCAAAAGAUCAAUUUUCCCUCCAAAAAUGCAAGAUUUGAGUUGGUUAAGAACCAUUCGGCCCGAAAAAUGUAGUUAUUUUCAAUAUAGUAGCCUUCAACAACUCAAUAAGGCAACAUCUUAACCCUGACACACUUACCGAGAUUGUGGUGCCGUGCCAAACAACACGGCGGGUUUGGGGUUGUUUACCAUCUUCCUCCAUCACAGCAGCUAAUGGUUGUUUGUUCUUUCUUUCCUAUCUGCCAUCUGUUCUGCACAUAUCCACUUUUGG